AUGGCACCCAAGAUUUUGCUUACUGGAGUCACUGGUUUCGUUGGAGGAACUACCUUUUCAAAGAUUCAUGACACUCACCCAGACUACGACUAUACUCUUUAUGUCCGCAACGAAGACCGGGCCAAGGUCAUCGCAGAAAAGUACCCUAACGCCAAGUUUGUCUACGGCAACCUUGAGAGCACUGAUGUGAUUGAGAAAGCAGCUUCCGAAGCUAAUGUUGUCGUUCACACUGCAGAAUCCGCAGACUCAGGUCCGGCGGCCAGGGCAAUUGUAAAAGGCCUUGCCGCCGGAAACUCAACUGAGAACCCAGGAUACUACAUCCAUCUCUCAGGAGCUGGCAUCCUGACCUGGUACGAUCUCAAACACAAGCGCUACGGUGAGGCACCACUGCCGGAGCAAAAGUACAACGAUAUCCACGACAUUGACCGCAUUCUCAACCUUCCCGAUGAAGCUAUCCAUAAGGACGUUGAUAACAUCGUCCAGAACAUUGACUCAGAUGCCGUAAGGUCUCUCAUCGUGGCCCCUCCCGCCAUCUACGGCAUAGGAAAGGGUCUCGUCAACAAGAGCAGUAUUACCGUUCCCACACUGAUCAAAGCAACCCUUGACCUUGGCUACGCACCUUUCGUCGGAGCUGGCAAGGCAAAAUGGGACAACGUCCACGUGGAGGACCUUGCAGAUCUACUCAUAAAGUGUGUAGAGGCGUCUCAAGACUACAAGAAAGACAGCCCUUGGAAGGAUCUUUCGGCAUGGAUUGCUGAGGAGGCGCAUCGUCAAGGAUAUAUCUCUGAGCCGAAGACCAAGUCUGUGACGUUUGAGGAGGCGGUUGACAAGGGAUAUAAGGCGGUUAUUGCAUGGGGAAUCAACUCUAAGAGUGAAGCACAGAGGGCAAGAAUGUAUUUGGGAUGGGAACCCAAGGGGCCUGCACUCAAGGAGACAAUUGCUGAGGCCGUGAUGAUCGAGGCCGAGGCUUUAGGCUUGACGCCCAAGUAUAUAUAA